CGCUCCGCUUCGUCAUUCAUUACCGUGCGUGUAGCUUUCGAGUGAGUGGCGAAAAGUUUUCGAUCGCAAAAGAUUUUACCCCGUGUGGAUUAAAUUUUGCUUCGUUUCGCGAAAAUAGUGCUACCAAACCGUGGUGCGACCCCGUAAGCCAACAGCAAAGAAUAAUAAUCAUCAGUGGAAGUGAACUGAGCUUGAAAGACAAGGAGUGUCUUGAAUUCGAUUUUCUGUUCCGUGAUUCGAUCAAUAGCGCUCAGCCAGAGUGAUUAUCUUCCCCCUAUCUGGAAGGCUCUGACGUUUCAUAGAGUGCUGUCAGUUGUAACUAUGUGUAUGUAGCGAGAAGACAAACAGCUGUGAACUUCUUUUCCUCGUGUGGUUGCUGUAAGUGCAAGCAGUGCAUAACACCGUAGAAAAGCCAAAGUAUCAAAACAGCCAAAAGCCAAAACAGAGAAGAACGGCACUCGGAGCGUUGCCGCCGCUACUGGUGCUGGUGAUUCACGAUGUUAGGACGUGUUCGGCUUAAAGAAGACGGCAUCAUGGACGAGGAGCUGCCCACGCUGCUCGAGACGACGUUUCGUUAUCUGGCCAAAAACCUGCACGUCGUCUGCAAUGUUGAUCCGGUGACACACCACCUAGAGCUGAAGGAUGAUAUUGUCAUUCCGAACGAAAUUUGUGAUAGAUUCCUACGCUACCAGCAGGACUGCGGUCAGGAUAUCAACGACCGCUUCAUUCAGAUAUUCCGGGAUACGGAAAAGACCCCACUUCGUAAUAUCCGCCUGCGAAACAGCACAAUCACCAAUGAAGGCAUGCGAAUAUUGCUACGGCAUAAGCUCAACUCGCUCUCGAUGUGGUACUGCAACAAAAUUACGACGGCUUCGUGGAACAUCCUGACCGAAAACUGCAGGCAGUUGCGUUCGCUUGAACUGGGUCGAUUUGUUGACAUGUUGAAGCACAGCGAACCGAACGAGAAGACACCAAUCGACUUCCAGUUGGUCCUGCCGCAGUUGCGUCAGCUGAUUCUCAACGGGGUAGUACUGCAGCCGUCGAUCCACUUCGGACAUCUCUCGGAGUUGACGUACCUCGACCUGACGGCAUGCAUAUUUGCGGAAUUCAGCCUGAAAGCGUUGGUCGAUCUACCGAAGCUGAAGGCCCUGAUCCUGUUCAACGUGUGGCCCUUGGACCAUGAGUUUCCCACAUUGUGUAAGCUGAAAAACCUGGAAACGCUGGAUUUGUCCGUUUCGAGGGCGAAUGUGGAUGGAAAUUACCUGACCCCCAAUAAGUUGCUGGCAAACUUGGUCGAAAACCUUCCCCGCCUGCGUCACUUGGACAUAUCCGGUACCAACCUAGCCGGAGAUGGAGUGGCGAUGAAGACAAACAACACCGCCAGCAGUUCCGAUAUACCUGGCCUGGCCAGUCGAGCCGAUCGACCGCUGGAAUUCCUGGGUCUGUACUAUACGGCGCAUUCGGCUUGCAAGUGGCAUGAUAUUCCAGCACUGAAGAUCGCUGGCGAAGCAACCGAAGAUCAGAUUCUAGUAGCGGCAUCCGUCUAUCAGGAUCGUCAUGAGUUGCUAACAAAAGUACUCAAUGAUCUCUACCACCUGCUGCGGUUCGAAACCUGCAAGCAAAUUCACAAAGCGCUGGACGUUGUGCUGUCCGCCAUGGACAAACACAUUCGAGUCAAAAAUAUACAAAUUAGUGGCAGUGCCACACUGUUCUACAUCGUCAAAGGGCGUAACAAAAUUCAAUUUGGCGUACCCUUGAAGAAUCACAUAAUCCACACCCUGCUGAAUGGAAUGUCGACCCAUUUAACGGAUGAUACCAUGAUGCGAAACGGUUGUCUGACGUUAUGCCAGUUUAACAUACCUCAGGAUGUGUUAUUCGAAUACGAACGAUUGGUACGUAUUCUCCUGCAUGGUGUAUCUUACCGAGAGCAAGAGGGAUUCGUUCAGCGGAUCGCCAUUUACUUGCUGAACUCCCUUGCAUGCCAAGUCGACGGAAGCCAGAAGAUGUUCCUCGGUGAUUUAGGUGCUAUUUCGACCAUGCUGAACUUGAUCAGUGACCGGUUGUCUCGUAAGAUCUUCGAUGACGUCAUGGAAGUGGCUUGGUCAACCAUGUGGAAUGUAACUGACGAGACGGCCAAGAACUGCGAACGGUUUCUGGAUGGUCGCGGAAUGGAGUACUUCCUAGGGUGUCUGAAGUUGUUCCCGGAAAAAGACGACCUGCUGCGAAACAUGAUGGGCCUGCUGGGAAAUGUGGCAGAAGUGAAAGAUUUGCGCCCUCGGCUAAUGACGCCGGAGUUUAUUACCGAGUUCGCCGAUCUGCUGGAUUCGUCAAGUGACGGAAUUGAGGUGAGCUACAACGCUGCCGGAGUGCUGGCGCAUAUUGCCUCCGACGGGGAAGCGGCUUGGACAAUCGCCGUGCCAACUCGGGACCGAGUUCUGGUUCGCAUGGUAGAAGCCAUCGAACGGUGGGAUCUAUCUGCCGAGCGUAACAUCAACUACCGCAGCUUCGAGCCGAUCCUCGGACUAAUACGCUGCUACCACACACCCGCCUGUCAACACUGGGCCGUCUGGGCACUUGCGAACUUAACCAAAGUAUACCCAAUCAAAUACUGUCGAUUGGUUGAACGAGAGCGAGGUGUCGAACUGCUGCAAGAGUUGAUAGAUCAUCCACAGCCAUAUCCUCGUUUGAAGGAGUUAGCGCAGAUGGUACUAACGCAUUGUCAAAACUUCACCGAUUCGCUGGAUCAAUGCAGGAAGAUGGAGCUAGACGGUUAGAAGAUACUGCGUAUCCGUUCAUACGAAUAGUCACAGUAGCGGCUAAAUAAAUUCGGUAAGCACACCUGCAUACAUUACAUCUAUAUAGAUUUACCUUGUGCGAAAAUGUGUAGACAAACAAGGCUGGCGUACGAAAUACCAACAGUAGAAUUAAGAAAUGUAGCAAAACUAUCUAUUUAAUAAAAUUAAAUUAUUCAUGAUGCGUAACAGCAAAGUUAAAGUGAUACAAAUAGAUAUCUCACUCGGAGAAUAUACAUUCUUGUAACGUGCUAAACAGUUGUUAACUAAUUGAAUUACAUGCUUACAACCCAUGGAGAACUAUCGCAAAUUGCCAAUUAGUUGCAGACUAUAUACUACUAUAUAGGUAGUCCCCAUAAAGUUGAAAACAUCACCAAAUUACAUCAGAAUACUAAGUGCGCCAACGAUAUUUAGACGCGAAUGACUGAACUGCUGAGGCACCAUUGAUGGCGGCCUAUACGUCAGCAAAACGAGAUCCGUACAAACGCUGACCAAGUAUUUGUACAUUUCCCAUAUUGAACCCUCUAAACUGUCCUUUCCGUCGCACAAAGGAGGCCUCUAUCCUUGUAAGUAGAUCCUUUCACUAGCAACACCCUUUUAAUUGAUUUGUUAUUUAUAAUAAGUUUUAGCACUAACCAUCGGCUUGUACAAUAAGAUUUAAUACUACAAACGGCAUAUUCUCGUUAAAUUUUCUUUGGUAAGCAAUACAUUGUAGCAUACCUAUUGUUUAUAAGGUCAAUCUGAUGUAUUGGAGCAUAUUUCUGCAAUUGUAAAAAUCGGUUCGAUUUUCAGCUCAUGACGACCAACUGUAACGUCGAAACAACUGCGUGGGCUCGAGCUUUGCUUAUCCAUCAGUAAAAAAAAAUGUAUACAAAUAUAGUAGGUAGGGUAAGGUAGGGCAAGAUGGAUCAGCUAGUACAUUUAUUAAUUUAUUUGUUUGUCAAAAUCAACAGGUUCAACGCAAUCCCAAUGAUGGUUUACAUCUUCAAACUAGCAUUGGGGCUACAUUGAGCCUGUUGAUAUUGACAAUCAAAAAAUAAUAGAUCAAGUAGUUUACCCAUCUUGCCCUACCUAAUCCUAUAUAUAAUUUAACCCCUGUUGUGGAUCGUUUGAGUUUGCACCCCACUUUUCUAACGAUUAUAAACUGUCGAUGUAUAAAAGAUAUAUACCUAGCUUUGGACAAAAGCUAACUUUAUUUUGCAAAAAAACAUUGAAUUGGCAGCCGUAAAUUGUAAAAAAAAUCUUUGAAAAAAUCAAAUAAAGAUCUUAAAAAUGGCAAUAA